AUGGCCAUCAAUGAUGCCACCGUCGGCAACGAGAUUAUUGCCCCUGUCAGUGAUAAGAAGAGUCCAGAUGUGGUCGUCGAUUCAGAAGCUUCCUCAGAUGCUGGAAACAAGGACCGCAGGCGGAUCAGGGAAUACAAUGAGGCUGCUUUCGAUCAAUCGGAAGACCCAAGGUUCUAUAAACCAAUCCCCGAGUAUGAAGGCAUACACCGCUGGGAUCCCGACUUUGACUGGACAGAGGAAGAAGAGAAGCGGCUAGUCAGAAAGGUUGACUGGAGAAUAUGCACCUUUGCUUGCGUCACAUUUUUUGCGUUACAGCUGGAUCGUGGCAAUGUAGUCCAAGCGACGUCUGAUACCAUGCUUGCGGAUCUUGGGAUGAACACAAACGAUUACAACACCGGCCAAACAAUCUUUUACUGCGCUUUCCUUUUCGCAGAACUCCCUUCUCAGCUUUUAUCUAAGAAGCUCGGGCCGGAUCGAUGGAUUCCCAUUCAGAUGUUCUCUUGGAGCUUGAUUGCUGCUUGCCAGGCUUUUCUUAAGAGCAAAGGCGGAUACUACGCUUGCAGGGCGCUUUUAGGGUUAUUCGAGGGUGGCUUCAUUCCUGAUACGAUUCUUUUCCUUUCGUUCUGGUACAAGUCCAAGGAGUUGCCCAUUCGUUUGAGCUACUUCUGGGUCUCCUACCAAGGAACCGCCAUUAUUGGUGCCUUCCUAGCAUUCGGUCUCCUCCAUAUUAGACGGGAAGAUGGGACCGGAGGCUGGAGAUACCUCUUCGCUUAUGAAGGUCUGAUCACUGGAGUUAUCGCUAUUGUCGCCGCGUUCUGGAUGCCACCGUCACCAACACAGACCAAAGGUAUCCUUCGUGGUAAGGAUGGGUGGUUCACCGAACAUGAAGAGAAGAUCCUGGUCAACCGAAUCAUCCGAGAUGACCCUAGUAAAGGAUCAAUGCACAACCGUCAAGGAAUUACUCCAAAGAUGUUGUGGAAAGCUCUCUGCGAUGUGGAUAUGUGGCCCGUCUAUUUGAUCGGCCUCGUGUGGAUGAUACCGAACACGCCCAGUACCAGUUACAUUUCAUUACAACUCAAGUCUCUCGGCUUCAACACUUUCCAGGUCAACUUGAUGACUAUCCCGGCUUACGCGCUGUUUAUUGUCAAUCUCCUCUUCUGGACGUGGAUUUCCGAGCGCUUCAACGUACGUUUCCUCCUCGGCAUCGUCGCCGAAGUCUGGUGCUUGGUGCCACUUAUCGCGCUUGCUGUUCUCCCCGACAACACCAGUCCAUGGGUGUUAUGGAUUUUGAACGUGAUCUUGAUUGGUGCGCCAUAUGUGCAUGCUAUUAUUGUGGCCAUGACCUCUCGGAACGCCGGAUCAGUGUCAACAAGGACAGUUGCCAGUGCAUUAUACAACAUGAUGGUGCAGGUUUCCAACAUCAUUGGUAACAACAUCUACCGAGAGGACGACAAACCGCAUUACCGUGUUGGAAACCGGGUGCUUAUAGCCCUCGCUUCUUGGAGUCUAGUUCUAUUCAUCGGCGCAAGAUAUUACUACGCGUGGCGCAACAAGUAA